ACCUUGAAUGAUACAGUAAUUAAGUUUGGAGGGUAAUAUUAAAGGGAAAGUCUGACUCUGAAACAGUUCCCCCCUAACAACAACAAACAAUCUAGUAGUAUCAUCUUCUUCCCCUUUCCAUUGUCUGUCCUUUCUUCUUCACCCUCUCUUUCGAGGGUUUUUUUUUUUCUUUUUUUUCUUUCCUUUUUUCUUUUCCUUUUCAUCUUAUUUUCUUCUUUUCUGUUGUAAUUUAGUUUUUUUUUUUUCCUUUCAAUUCAGUUUCCAUUUCCCAUUUCUUUUACCUCUGCUGCUUCAAACCCUAACCCUAGAAACUGAAGAUGCUUCCACAGAAAUUGAGACAGAAUCCAAUGAUGCAACACUCUCUCUACCAUCAUCCUGCUCUUAUCACUCCUCCACAGAUAGAGCCUAUCUUGAGUGGAAAUCUGCCUCCUGGCUUUGAUUCGAGUACAUGCCGCAGUGUUUAUGUCGGCAACAUUCAUCCUCAGGUUACAGAACCACUUCUUCAAGAGCUUUUUUCAAGUGCUGGUGCACUUGAAGGAUGCAAGCUUAUUCGGAAAGAGAAGUCAUCUUAUGGCUUCGUGGACUACUACGAUCGCAGUUCAGCUACAAUUGCUAUUGUGACUCUCAAUGGGAGGAAUAUUUUUGGACAGGCUAUCAAAGUUAACUGGGCUUAUGCUCGUGGCCAAAGAGAAGACACGUCAGGACAUUUCCAUAUUUUUGUUGGUGACCUUAGUCCCGAGGUUACAGAUGCAACUCUGUAUGCUUGCUUCUCCGUGUAUUCUAGUUGCUCAGAUGCAAGGGUAAUGUGGGAUCAGAAGACAGGCCGUUCCAGGGGAUUUGGAUUUGUAUCUUUUCGAAAUCAGCAGGAAGCCCAAAGUGCCAUAAACGACUUAACUGGUAAAUGGCUCGGAAGUAGGCAGAUUCGUUGUAAUUGGGCCACAAAAGGAGCUACUAUCAAUGGUGAAAAUCAGAGUUCAGAUUCCAAAGGUGUUGUGGAGUUAACCAGCGGAACAUCUGAAGAAGGGCAGGAAAUAACCAGUGAUGACGGUCCUGAGAAGAAUCCUCAUUAUACCACUGUUUAUGUUGGCAAUCUUGCUCCUGAGGUUACUUCUGUUGAUCUCCAUCAUCAUUUUCAUGCCCUCGGUGUUGGAACUAUUGAAGAUGUUAGGGUGCAACGAGACAAAGGUUUUGGGUUUGUGAGAUACAGUACCCAUGGUGAAGCAGCUCUUGCUAUACAGAUGGGAAAUACUCGGUUUCUGUUUGGCAAACCCAUCAAGUGCUCAUGGGGUAGCAAGCCAACUCCUCCAGGAACAGCUUCUACCCCUCUUCCACCACCAGUUUCUACGCAUGUACCAGUGCCAGGACUUUCACAUGCCGGUCUUGCAGCGUAUGAACGCCAGCUAGCUUUGAGCAAAAUGAAUGGUGCACAUGCCCUUCUGCAACAGCAGAAUCAGCAUGCCCUAAAGCAGGCAGCCAUGGGAAUGGGUGCUAUUGGGGCUGGGUAUGGUGCAGGAUUCCCUAAUGCUGCCACCACCCAGCACCUUAUGUACUAUCAGUAAAAUAUCCGACCCCCUAUGAAAAUUAAAGAUGUUUAUUUUAAGUCUUUUGAGCCGCCAUAAUGGUUUUACAAUACUGCAUGUUAAUUACUUCCCUCUUCCCCCCUAUGGUGUGCUCUUUUCUUCCUUUGUCUUUCUCAUUCUUUUCCUUUUGUACCUA